AUGCGCUUCACCACGGAAACCGCCCUGGCGCUCCUGCUCGUGGCGGGCUCAGCCUCUGCCAAGUCAUUCCACCGCGUCGCUAUUGCCAAGCGAGCCGACCCGUUCUUUGAAGGGUGCUACAGCAGUGCCGGGAGCCUCUCGGACUCCAAAGAAUACACCUACCAAAGUACCGGAUACUGCUCGACUCGAUGCUCUGGAAUGAACGCCUCCGUCCUGGCCACGACAGAUAGCAAGUAUUGCCUGUGUGGUGACUCGCUACCUCCCUCAUCAGACAAGGUCGACAAGAGCAAAUGUGACAGUACCUGCCAAGGAUACCCCGAAGAAAUGUGCGGUGGUGAUGGCUUCUACUCAGUUUAUUCCCUAGGUGGCAGCGAUAGUUCUGCCACGACCAGUACGGGCGACUCCUCCCCGACCAAAACCGAUGCCGCCGCCGAAUCUAUCUCAACCAACGCCGGCGGACACACCGUCGUCGUGACUGCCCCCGCCGCCGAGAGCACGAACUCCGAUGGCGAUAAAUCUAAGGGUGGCACCAACACCGCUGCCAUCGCGGCGGGUGUGGUCGUGGGUGUGGUUGGUGUCGCAGCCCUGGCCGGCGGUGCCUUCUUCUUCUACCGAUCUCGCAAGCAAAAGGCUGAGGGAGGUGCCGGCGCAACCGGAUUCAGCCGGAACUCGCAUCAGCAAAUGUCGGACUCGCGCUUCGACGGUUCCUACAUGGCCCAACGUCGCCAGAGCAAUGGCAGCAUCGAUGACGACCACGACUUCUCCCGCCGGAUCCUUCAGGUCACCAACCCUGAUCACCGCUAUUAA